AUGACACGAUUGACACACCAACCAGCUACGUCCAAAAAAAGCACUGAUUCAUCGAUUUUACCCGGGGUUAUCGAACCGUCGAAACCUCGUUAUGUGGGAAGGUAUUCAUGCGUUGCAUUCCCACUCUAUGUUGGCUUGGAAGUUCAGGCGACCAAACUUCCACGACUGCACUCAUUCGCAUACCAUACGGGCGUUCGCAAGGAACCAGCCUGUGCAGUUUCCCACAAGGUCGCAGGGAAAAUCCCUUGGAACACAGCAAGAAGUCUCAUCGAUAUUUAUACCGCCGUUAUUCACCCUGUCUUUGGAUUCCUAGAUAUGGGUCGUAUCUAUAUGCUCUGUGAGAAACACUGGCACGGGCAGCCCCAAGACAUGGCCUUCGAAGCUUUGAUCUGUGGCAUUCUCGGUUUAGCAUCCUUGUUCAAUGAUUCUUUGGACCAGGAUACCGAAAUAUGGAUAAUAUCACACGCGAAAGAAAUCCUUGAAGAUGAUGUGAUCAGUCGCUUCCCUACUCUCGAGAUCAUUGCUGCAUGGAUACUUCGAACAAUAUAUAUUCGAUGCACUGGGAGACCUCAUGUGGCUUGGCUUUGUAGCUGUACCAUUAUGCAUCUCGUUGAAGCGGCAGGUCUACAUCAUGCGCCCGAGUUCAUAAUGCAAGCCAUUGGCAACAUUGCCCCAAAUCCGGAGACUUCAGAUAUCAUCAACCGAACAGCACAGGUCGCGAACUGUGUCCACGUCCUCAUUGCAUUCGAGUAUGGUCGGUCCAUCAUGACAUUUAAUCGCAGAAUACUUGAAACUUCCAGUUCGACAUCUAGAGGAGGGGAUUUCACAUCGCAAUUAUGCAGUCUCAUUGCAGCUAUACCAACGAACCAGAACACCGAUAAUUUGGAGGUUCUCAUACAGGAAUUGCUCUCCGCCUUAGAAAAACUUGCAGAUACAACUGUUGACCAUGAUUUCCUCAUACUACUGCGGGCAGACCUUGCCCUGGGUAUCUACCGUCGUCUUCGUGUCAUGGAUCCAAGCCUUCGGCAGGGACAGAACGACCGUGUGAUCGCAACCGGAACAGCUGCCAUAUCUGCAGCACGGAGACUCGCCAAUCAAAACCAGCCUUGGUGGAAUGUUGUUGGUACCGUGUUUCAAUUUGCGUGUUCUUUGCUUGUUAUGGACACGGUCUCAAGCUGUGAAAGGCUCUCGGAGACGAUGGACACCCUAGAACUUAUUGUGGAUCGAUUCAGCACACAUCUGGCCAAGGAGGCACUCUGCACAGCUCGGCAGCUUGCCAAAGCAUCUUUGGACAAGAAGCGCAAAGGCAUGAAUGCGCUUGAACGAAUCGUUGGAACAUCUACACCUGAAACCACGGCCCCAGGGACGGAGGGGCAGCUUUUACAGGACAUUGCAUCCCUCAGCCCAUCGUUGGUAGCUCAGCUUCCUAUUGAUUUAGAUUAUUUGUGGGCCAUGGAUUUUCAAAUGCCCAUUUAA